AUGGCUGGCGUUGAAGAGACGAAUCCACAGCUGGAACCACGACGGGCAUGCCAGGAGUGUAACCGAAAGAAGACAAAAUGUGACAUGAGGCGACCUGUAUGUGGUCUUUGUCUGCGUACCGGCAAUACCUGCAACUUUCCCUCGAAGAGGAAGAAGCCGGUAUCUCGAAAACCUCAGUUGAAAGCCCAGACCCGAAAUAUCAGUCACAGCCUGUCCAAAUUGGUGGAAGUACUGGAGCAGGCCUCACGAGCAGAUGGUGAAGGUGAAGCCGGGAAUGACGCCCGUGAGGCAUCUUCAAAUCUCCUCAAGGACUCUCUCAAGGACCUCCUCGUCGAGAUCAAGGCUUCGGAGGGCCAUCAGAGUUGGCAAAGUGCAGUCGCAUCCGAGCCUACUGGAACACGGCUUUCUGUGUCCGAAGGAGAUGACGUCGACAAUGAAGACGAGAGCAUCGGGACUGAUGAGAUUGACCUGUCCCAGGCAGAUCGUGAUACCUCAAAAGCAGACUCGACAGCCUCAAUAACGACCUCUGACGCUGAAACUGGAGUCUCGUCAUCACUGGCCGUGGACCUAGUCAAUUCUUUCUUCGAAAAGAUCCAAACGUGGCUCCCACUUCUACACCGGCCACGAUUCCAAGCACGUUAUGAGAGUAGACUCCUCGUCACGGGCGAUUUCAUGAAAGAUCUUUCUCAGGACGAACGUUUGCUGUUCUACAGCAUGUUUGCCCUGUCGGCCAGAUUUUCCACCCAUCACCGCUUUAAUAAUAUCCCACCCGAGAAGCGAGGACAAAUGUUCGCGGAGCGCGCCAAAGAUGUCUACGUACAGAGUCGUAGUCUGAAAACUCCCUCACUCAUGUACCUGCAAGGUUGCAUUCUCCUUGCCUUCUACUUCUACACCUCUGGGCCAACUCACCAGGGAUGGCUACUGAUCGGAGUCUGCGUCCGGAUGGCCUACCACCUCGGCUUGUUUGAGAUCGACGAUGAGGAUUGGACACCAACACAUUCUAUCGACCACGUAGAAAAGGAGGAACUCAGAAGAGCCUGGUGGUUGGUAUGGGAGCUUGACACUUUUGCUUCCACGGUCUCCCGAAAACCGUACGCCAUCGAUCGCAAAAGAAUGUCGGUGACGCUGCCAAUCUCUGAUGAAGCUUGGUUUUCCGAAAUCAACGUACCAUCUGCAGAGCUCAACUUUCUUCCUGGCCAAUCUUGGAGGUCUCUUCACGGCAGUGUAAAUCAAGACGAAAGGGCGUGGUUCUUGGUGGCUAAUAGUUUUAUGGCGACCAUCCACGAUCGACUGCAACAAAAACAAGACAUUACGCCAGACGAGAAAUUGACGCUGGAGAAUGAAGUCUGUUGCUUCAAAUUGGCACUUCCUCCUUCACUCCGGCUGGAUAUCAACACACUAACGUUCAGUCCGUUAACCUUCUCAAGGUGCAAUUGGGUCAUUGGCACUCAUCUUAUGCUCAUGGCAACAUCUUUCAUGGUUGCCGGGAUCACGACCAGCGACAGCGACGACCGAAGUGCGUCAGGGAUCAUCUCAGGCGCAAUGUCGCCUCUACGUCAACGCGCAAUUGAUUUAUCACGAAUAAUCAGCCUCUGGGACACCAGAUAUAUCGUAGUGGCGCACCCUUUUCUGGCAUGUAUGAUGCUUCCCCCGUACGCUGUAGAUGGCAGUGUCUACAAAUCACAAUCCUUGAUCUCGUCGACCCAUGACCUGGCGAAAUUGGUACUUGAGCAUUUUGGAGAACGAUGGAAACUUGGCUCUGUUGUUUUAGUGAUCGCGAACAUGCUCGAACACGGGGGACCAAGUAAUGCCGAGGAAAAGCGAUUCGUCAAACGAUAUGCGAUAUUCUUCCGCAUACCUCGACUCGCCGGCAACAGCCCUGCAUUCCUCCAGCCUGAGCAUGGCCAACCAGACAAGCCAGCGUCGACCGUCAGCGAUGAGACAGUCUAUGCUGGCAACAUUGGAACCCAGCAACAACGACUCGAACCGCGGCGACGUUUCUCAUCCUCCAUCGACAUGACCAACCAGACCGACACGCCGAAUUACGAAGCCUCAAUGUUUGACCCGCAGAACUUUCCACAAUUACCAGCCAAUGCUUACGAUGCAAGCAACGAGAUAGACCUCGGUUUCUCAGAAUUCUUUGGUGAUUACCAGGAUACCGAUCUUGUCUGGCUAAGGUGA